UCACACAUGUGUAUGGAAUGAAAAUGAAGACCAAUAACUCCGUUAUGCAUUUUGAUUGAAUCAUGCCCCUUUUGGGACUUGACAGAUUAUACUAUCAAGCACUGAGAAAAGUUGACAGUUGUUUUUAUUAAGCUUUCCGACUUGUUUACAUUUUAUGCAUAUAUAUAAUUUAUAUAUUGCGCGCCUGCCUGUUUUGUCGUCGGAGCUUUUUAGGGCCUGGCAUAAUAUAGCAUUAGGGUUAUUAAAUGUGCAUUUUCUCUGCUUUGCAAUAUAUGAUGAUGAUUUAUGCCCGAAUUGUGUACAAUUGCAAAAAAAUUGAAACCUCUUAAAAAUAUGUUUUCAUUUUUUUCUAUUUCAGGUACAAGCCUUUGCAUCAAAUAGGUCAGCUUAGACCAAAUAUAACCAAAAGUUGAACUAUGUCCACCGAGAGGAAAAAACAGCCUGCUUUGGGCCGAUUAUCCCAGCAAAAGUAUGAUAUCAUCAAAUCCAAGUUGGAUGGAGGUUUCAAGGUUCCGGACAAACAACAAACAAAGGAGCAAAAACAAGCUCUUAAUCUGCUAAGAAAGAGAAAAGACUUUUCAAUUGAUACAGAAGGACGAUUACGCUGUCACGAAAAAAUUAUAAUACCAGCGGAAAAGUUAACCUCGGAAGUUAAACGCCUAUAUGAAAAGAGUCAUGGUUGUGGUCCUCGAACAUUAUAUAACAAAAUGAAAGAGACACAUACUGGGUUUUCCGUUCGUAACAUUGUAACAAUUUUAGAGAAAAGCGAAUUAUUUCAUCGACAACACCCAAGAUUCAGAAACAAACCAAUCCCAAAGACUGUUUGGUCGAGUAGACCUGGAAAACGCUGGCAAAUUGAUGUCGUUAGUAUGGCAAACACGUCAGUAGAAUAUAAGGGUGAUAAAUACGUAUAUAUACUUCAAAUAGUGGAUGUCUUUUCACGGUAUAUGAUGCCUCAACCUCUACAAAGUAAACAGUCGUCGAAAUUGCAAAAGUCCUUUAAAAACCGUCAUACUAGAGCACGGUGCGCCGAAUGA